UGGAUACCAAACAUUUCCUGGAAACAGGCCACGAAGCUUUCCACUUGGAGCCCACUGUGGUCCUGGUGCCUUUCGCAGCUGGUUUUCGUUACUGCUGGGACCAGGCUCCGCCUCCGCCGAGUCAGUGCUUCUCGCUCCGCUACACGCACCAGCUCCGCCCCCGCUCGCCCCGCUCCGGGAGUUGUUCCUCUGGCUACCUGCUUCUAAGCGGAAGUGAAGCCGGACUGAGGCUGGUACGGUGGUUCCUCCUGGCCUUUGGUGACUGGUCGCUUCAGUUCCUACCCGGACCUGUACGCUGCUGCGCUGACGUGACUCCCGGAAGUAGGGCUGGCGUAGGGCCGCCAUGUUGCAGCAGGAUAGUAAUGAUGACACUGAAGAUGUUUCACUGUUUGAUGCGGAAGAGGAGACAACUAAUAGACCAAGAAAAUCCAAGAUCAGACAUCCAGUAGCAUCCUUUUUCCACUUAUUCUUUCGAGUCAGUGCAGUCGUCGUCUAUCUUCUCUGUGAGUUUCUCAGCAGCAGCUUUAUUGCCUGUAUGGUGACAAUUAUCUUGUUGCUGUCAUGUGACUUUUGGGCAGUGAAGAAUGUCACAGGUAGACUGAUGGUUGGCCUGCGUUGGUGGAAUCACAUUGAUGAAGAUGGAAAGAGCCAUUGGGUGUUUGAAUCUAGAAAGGAGUCCUCUCAAGAGAAUAAAACCGUGUCAGAGGCUGAAUCAAGAAUCUUUUGGUUGGGACUUAUUGCCUGUCCAGUGCUCUGGGUGAUAUUUGCCUUUAGUGCCCUCUUCUCCUUCAGAAUAAAGUGGUUGGCAGUGGUUAUCAUGGGUGUGGUGCUACAGGGUGCCAACCUGUAUGGUUACAUCAGGUGUAAGGUGGGCAGCAGAAAGAAUUUAACCAGCAUGGCUACUUCAUAUCUUGGAAAGCAGUUUUUAAGACAAAACACUGGAGAUGAUCAGACUUCCUGAAGAGAGAAAGAUUAUGUGCUUUGUUACAUUGGGGAGCAACCGAAGAGAUUCUUGACUCUGAACAUUUUGGAGCUUAGUCCAUGUUGCAACAAGGAGUGUUGGCUUUGUUUUUCCACUUAAAAACUUUAUUUAUAAAAAGAAAAAGUAGUUUUCUUAUUAAGCUUUUAUUUCCUUUCUAGCAGUUGGGGCUAGAAAGUAUAUGUUGGCUCUAGAAACGUUGUCAAGAUUUGUUCUGUGGUGUAGGUUUGUAUGCACAUGUUCUAUAGGUAUGCACACGGCCAUGUAAUAUCAAUAUAUCCCAAGUUAGUGAAAGUGUUCAUUUACAUAGGUAAUAGAGACCCUUGUAUUUUGAUCCACAGAACACAGAAGGAUGUUUUUAGUCUGUCUGAAAGCUCUGUGUGUUUAUAUUAUUUCUUUAGAUUGUUUUCAGAAGUAAGUUUUGCUUCCAUGGUUAAGAGUGAGCACUUUGGCUUAUGUAUAAUUUAGAAAUAAUUGUUAGUUUUUAAUACGUAUUUCAUGGGGAAAUUUCUUAGACAUAUGCAAGCAAGUGAAAACAAUUAAGGCCAAUGAUAUCAACUACUUUCUAAAAUUUUGUUUUUAUUUGUAAGAAGUCAUUUAAAUGGAAUCAUCAUAGCUUGUUUAAGGAAUACCCAGAGAUUGCUGCUGUUCUAUUUAUUUUGCAGAAAGGAUAGCUAGAUAGAAAACUCUUCAGUGGACCUUGAGCUAAUAAAUGUAUCUUUUACCUAAAGAGCAUUAUUCUCAUGUGAUAAUGGGAAUAAUCAUUUACAUACUUGGCAUAAUAAAUGCCUAAAAAGACAUUUUAUUUUCUGAAUCUAUUUUUUUUCUUGCUAUAAUGGGGAUAUUGUAAAUUAUGCAUUUGUAUUAAUGGUAUUUCUUAAAGCAAUAGAUGUAACUGUAAACUAAACCAAUCUACAAACGAUUGUAGGCAUCUCAAUUCUGUUGUAGGUACUAUAAACUUUGUUGAAGUCUUCUUAAUCAGCAGAUUAUGUUGUGAAUAUAUUUGUACAUUUUAAAGAUAUUUUUAAGAUUAUUUGUUUAUUGAAUAAGUGUCUUAUUGGAAUGAUAGCUUUGAAGGGGCAAAACUUUAUAUUUGUAUAAAAUUCUACUGUUUACAAGGCA